AUAAAACAAAAGGAAGAAAAGGAGGAAGGAAAAGGUGAUUUGGGAAGAGCAAUCAUGUCGGGGCGGCCGAGAACCACCUCCUUUGCGGAGAGCUGCAAGCCAGUGCAGCAGCCUUCAGCUUUUGGCAGCAUGAAAGUUAGCAGAGACAAAGAUGGCAGCAAGGUUACCACAGUGGUGGCAACUCCUGGGCAGGGUCCAGACAGGCCACAAGAAGUCAGCUAUACAGACACUAAAGUGAUUGGAAAUGGAUCAUUUGGUGUGGUAUAUCAAGCCAAGCUCUGUGAUUCCGGAGAACUGGUUGCUAUCAAGAAAGUAUUACAGGACAAGAGAUUUAAGAACCGAGAGCUCCAGAUCAUGAGAAAGUUAGACCACUGUAACAUAGUCCGAUUACGUUAUUUCUUCUACUCCAGUGGUGAGAAGAAAGAUGAGGUCUACCUUAAUCUGGUGCUGGACUAUGUUCCAGAAACAGUGUACAGAGUUGCCAGACACUAUAGUCGAGCCAAACAGACGCUCCCUGUGAUCUAUGUCAAGUUGUAUAUGUAUCAACUGUUCAGAAGUUUAGCCUAUAUCCAUUCCUUUGGAAUUUGCCAUCGGGAUAUCAAACCACAGAACCUCUUGUUGGAUCCUGAUACAGCUGUAUUAAAACUGUGUGACUUUGGAAGUGCAAAGCAGCUGGUCCGAGGAGAACCCAAUGUUUCCUAUAUCUGUUCUCGGUACUAUAGGGCACCAGAGUUGAUCUUUGGAGCCACUGAUUAUACCUCUAGUAUAGAUGUGUGGUCUGCAGGCUGUGUGUUGGCUGAGCUGUUGCUAGGACAGCCGAUAUUUCCAGGAGACAGUGGUGUGGAUCAAUUAGUAGAAAUUAUCAAGGUCCUUGGAACACCAACAAGGGAGCAAAUUAGAGAAAUGAACCCAAAUUACACCGAAUUCAAAUUCCCUCAAAUUAAGGCGCAUCCUUGGACAAAGGAUUCGUCAGGAACAGGACAUUUCACCUCAGGAGUGCGGGUCUUCCGACCCCGAACUCCACCAGAGGCAAUUGCACUAUGUAGUCGUCUGCUGGAAUAUACACCGACUGCACGACUGACACCACUAGAAGCUUGUGCACAUUCAUUUUUCGAUGAAUUACGGGACCCUAAUGUCAAACUACCAAAUGGGCGAGACACACCGGCACUCUUCAACUUUACCACUCAAGAACUGUCAAGUAAUCCACCUCUGGCUACCAUCCUUAUUCCUCCUCAUGCUCGGAUUCAAGCAGCUGCUUCAACUCCUACAAACGCAACAGCAGCCUCAGAUGCUAAUGCUGGAGACCGUGGACAGACCAAUAAUGCUGCUUCUGCAUCAGCUUCCAACUCCACCUGAACAAUCGGAGCAGCGAGCUGCAUAGGAAGAACCACCAGUUACUUGAGGGUCACUCAGCAACACUGGUCACGUUUGGAAAGAAUUAAAAAGAGAAAAAAAACUUGUUCAUUUUAGUGUUCAAUUUUUUUAUUAUUGUUCUUAUUUAACCUUGUAAAAUAUCUAUAAAUACAAACAAUUUCAUUCAUAAGACUGCGGGAGACCCAGGGGUGGGAGGGUUUAUGGGAGGGGGAAAGCGGAGCACUAGAACACAUAAUCUCUCUCCCACGACAAUCUUUUUGUUUGUUUGUUUUAAAUCAAAAAUCUGCUGUUGUAUACUUUAAAAACAGGACUUCUGCCUCAUGCCCCUUCCACAAAGAAAGAAAACUUUGUUCUGUGCUAAGGGUUGGUUUUUUUUGUUUUGUUUUGUUUCAAUUGUUUUCUUUGAAGGUCUAGUGUAAGACUUUGGUAUAGUGCAUAACUUGAAAUUGGUUGGGAGCUUAGCAGGUGUAACUCACUGGGGACUUAUGUGUCACUUGUAAAAAUCCACAUCCUCUGGUAUUGGAAGGCAUGUUGGUGACAAGGAUAGCAGACAAAAAUGAAAUGUGUAUCACAUGUAACCCAGUGAUGUCAGUAAAGUUUGGAGCCAUGAGGACAAGAUUCUCAGUUGACUGAUCAAGGUUUAUUUUGCUCUUAAUCAAUACUAGUAGUGAAGAAGCUGGUAUAGGAGGCUGCCAAAGAGGAGUGACAAGCAGAACUCUGGCCUGCACACUGCAAGGUGAAUCUUUGUUCCCCUGACCAAAGAUUCUUUGCAGUCUUCAUACAGUUUUAAAUUGGUGGCUUUGGACACUGAAAAGCGUGUUGAGGCGGAAGUCUCUGGAGAGGUCAAAGACUGAUGAGGCUAGAAGGUGGCAGGCCAGAGGCACAUCUCACCACUGUGAAUGAGCUUGUCCAGACUGUUUCUAAAGUCACUUCCCUUGGAAAGAUACACUUGAGAGAGGACAUUAUAGUAAAUAAUGUGAACUGUAACCGUCUACUGCUUUAUUUUUUUGUAUUUUUAAUUAAAAACUAAGCUUGCAGGAAUUGCCACAGCUACACAGUUCUAAUUCUAAAUCCAAAUCUAGACUAUUUAAUUUCAGCUUUUUUAACCUCAUGCUUUUUAAAUUUAUUUAUUGAUGCAUGUCAGAUAGGCCAUUAUGAUUUUAGAUGGUAGGAACACACAUCAAAAUAAUAAUCACCUGUACCUGCUGACUUUAUAGGAAAACUGAUUAUAUAAAUGUAUGUAUAUAUGUUCUGUAUACAUGUACUCAAUACUGCCUUUUCUUUUUUGUCUACAUGGUAUCAAAAUUGACUGGUUGAAGCAUGAGGAGAAUGUGUCCGCCACUCACCCAUCCAGUUAAGAUUUUUUGUUUGUUUCUUUCUCAGUGAAUGGUGUAAGAAUCAGUCUCUUGUUUAUGAAGAAAAAGCAAUAUUCCUUGGAAAGCAAGGAGGAUUGAAGGUGGGGGAGUAGAUUUUCAUAGCUGGUUUGUUUUAUAUUUUUAAGGUUGAUAUCUCUGUGGGCCUUACAUACUCUAAAAUGAACCUUAGUCACCUUGGUGCUUAUGGGCCAUUACUUGACCUAUGAAUCUUUAAGGCACAGUUACAUUUUACAUUUAAAGAUCCCUUGAGUGAUGGCCGCCUUUCCCUCUACCCAUUCCUUCUCCACAUGCCUUCCAGGGUUUGCUGAUAACUGUAGACCUAAGAGCUGAGCCCUAGGUGGUGUGGAACCCCCCCUCUACCCUUGUCAUUGCCACCUUAGCUUGUGUUAGGGUGGCUCACCUUCCAGGUGGUUAGGGAGUAGAGCCUCUUGGCAACCCUCAUGCAGGCCCGAGCGCUCUGUCCUGCUUCCUCACCCUGUGUAUGUGACUCUCCAAGAGAGUUUUACUGCCUGUUGGAGUGGUGAACAGUACCCAGAAAGACAACUGAGAGCCAUCUUAGUUCUCACUCAUUGUUUAGCUAAGCUUAGGCAACAGAAGGGGUUUCUCAUACCUCUGGUUAUAUCACAGUUCAUGAGAAAGGAGACAUGCUCAGUCAAACCAAAUCAAAUUUAAUUUUAUUUUCUAUAAAAUGCUUCCGAGAACUAAGCCUUGAAAGAAGUUUGAAAUCAAAGUAUUGGCAGCAUAGUUCUUUAAAGGGAUUGGCUUUGAUAGACGACUUUUAGGAAAGAUGAGUAAAGCAUCGCAACAGGCAGGGCUGUGACAAGAAAAUGGACCUGCUUUCAAAUCAAACUGCCCAGCCAGACAUUUGGAUACAGAUACUCGUGAGGGCCUGGUAUACUUGCUGGAGUCCAUAAAAAUAGUGCUUGUUUUAGAAAACUUCCCCACAUCCAAAUGGAAUAAGAGAAGGAGAAAAGUAAGGCGCUUUUCUCCACCCCUGUGUGCGUGCGUGUGUGUGUGUGUGUGUGGCUGAGAUGCACAAUUUUUCCUUCUCAAUCAUGGCGGGAUCACAGAACUCUUUUAUACAAGUGAGAGCCAGGUCUCUGAAUAUCUUUUUGUAAAUAAUAAUAAUAAUUAAAAGCUCCUCACCAAAUUCAAGCUUGUACAUUAUAUUUUUUUCAAUAUUUUUAAGUUUUAUUGUUUUGUAUGUAAAUAUAUGGACCCAGGAACUGUUAUGAAUGAGCAAAAAGUUACUGUUCAGGGGAGUGAUUCUGUUUAAUAAUCAGACAAAAUGUAGACGAGCUUUUUAAAGCCAUAUAGUUUUAACUCUGUACAGUAGGUACCGGCCUGUAUUAUUGUAACAAUAACUCUAGCAAUGUAUAGUGUAUCUAUAUAGUUUGGAGUGCCUUCGCUUCCAUGUGUUUAGUUUUUUGUUUUGUUUUGUUCUUUUUUUUUAUUUUUCAUUUUUAGAAUUUGAAUUUGUUUCCUUUAUCCAUGUCUCCCUGUACAUCCCUUAUCCUUUUUAAAAUAGUAACAACAGUAUCUUUGCCCCUCCACAGUUGUUUCAGUGAUACCAUGCUCAGGAGUGGGAAGAGGAAACGUUACUCAUGAUCUCAUUUCAUUCAAGCCCUGGCUUUGUUUUAGUUUGGAUAUGUUUCCUCUUCAGCAGUGACCAGUUUCAUUUCAUACGUGGUCCAUUCAGGGAUUUAGUACUGAGAGCCCUAGAGCUGGAGGAUAUCAAAUAGAUUAGAUUUUGCUCAUCUCUUCCACAAGCCCUAACCAUGGUCCUCAACAGCAGAUUGGCGAGCCUUCCAUGGUCUCAGUCUCUUUCUCCCCCCACCUCUCUCUCUCUUUCUUCUUCUCUCCUUCCCCCUCCCUCUAUCCCUUUCCUUCUCAAAUGAGAAAGAGAAAAAUGAUUAGUGUUUUAUAAAUCAAAGUAUCAUCAUGUAUUGAGUUUUGAAGUGCCAGUGGUCUAAAAUGUUCUAGUACAGUUACUGGCAGCCUAUGGCAUGGAGUUCCUCUGUGCCAAUAAAGGACUUUUAACAUGGGGACUCUUAGCCCAUUCCCUCUCUCCCACCAUCUCUGCCUACCCCUAUUCAACGAAAUGUCAUUUUAAUUUCUUUUAAAAAUCAGUUUUUUACUGUGUGCCCAAUAUGUAGGCCUUUUUUAAAAGAAAAAAUAUAUAUAAAAUAUUUGUUUUGCCUCCAAGUACUCCAUAUAAAAUGUCUUGAAUAGAAGAAAAUACCAAACCAAAGGUUACUAUUUUUGAGACAUCAUGCAUUCAUUCCAGCAAGGCAGAAGACUGCACCUCCUUUCCAAUGAUAUGUGUCAUUUUUAAAGUCCUCUUUAAGUUUUAGGCCCAUCUUCUUAGUUUGUGCCUAACCAGUCGUCUUUGUCUACACCAAUGCAAAGGUUUGAGAGAACUGUUGUAUUCUCUGUUCCUGUGGAUAUAAAGACAUUGGGAUUUCAUUUAUUUUCCCCUUUCCUUUUAAAAGGAUUAAACUUUGGAAUCGUCCAAAGGAAAUUUGGUCAAUACCAGAUCCCCAGGAGUUUGGGUUUUUUUGUUUUAAACCAAAAUCAUAUCUGAUUCCUAUUGUUCAUGUUAGUGAUAAUUGUAUCACAGAGACAAACACUUUUCUCUCCUAUAUAGAAAAAUAAACAUGUUUUACAAUAAAAUCCAUCUUUCCUGGUAGAAACCUGAGCCACUGAAAACAGGAGACAAUUAGAAGCACAGUAAUCCCAGACUAAGGUCUACCUUUGAGAGGCUUUGAAAGUAAUCCCUGAGGUUUGGAUUAUUUUCACAAGGGUUAUGCUGUUUUAUUCGACUUUCUUGCUCCGUUUUGCAUCUCUACAGUAAAAGCAAAAUGACAACCAGUACAUAAGGGGUUAGCUUGACAAAGUAGACUUCUUGUGUUAAUUUUUUGGUGUUUUUUUUUUCCUUACUGUAUCUGUCUUCAGGCAGAUACAGAUAGGUGUAUGAAAAUGUGCUUGCCUGUAAAAUUUGCAUUUAUAAAUGUGUUGCCGAUGGAUCACUUGGGCCUGUACACAUACCGAUUAGCGUGACCACUUCCAUCUUAAAAACAAAUCUAAAAAACAAAUAUAUAUAUAUAUAUAUAUGGACUGUGGGUUGUAUACAAACUAUUGCAAACACUUGUGCAAAUCUGUCUUGAUAUAAAGGAAAAGCAAAAUCUGUAUAACAUUAUUACUACUUGAAUGCCUCUGUGACUGAAUUUUUUUUUCAUUUUAAAUAUAAACUUUUUUGUGAAAAGUAUGCUCAAUUUUUUUCCCUUUCCCAUUCCCUUGUAAAUACAUUUCGUUCUAUGUGACUUGGUUUGGAAAUAGUUAACUGGUACUGUAAUUUGCAUUAAAUAAAAUGUAGGUUAGCCUGGAAAUGAAACUAAAA